GGAGUUGCGCCUGCGCAUUCGCAUAGAUCAGAGUCAUUAAACUGUGUCCCUGUCCUUUACUAUAACAGAGAGAUAUAGCCGCCAUAGUUUUCCCUUACGUUUGCUCGGUUAUCGGCUCUUGGUUACAAAAUUCUUCAGGUUGCUCUCGUUUAAGGGUGUUUCAAGUCUUACUGGUUGAAAAACCGGCAAAUGAAUUAUUUUGGUGAGACACUCAAGUGCCCCCUCCUCAAUUAAUUGAAAAUCACGCGUGAUUCACGCUCAAGAUCUCGGUUUCUGUCGUAUUAGCGAAACACCCAUUUACUGCCGAAUUGUUCUUUAUCAGCCGUCUGUGUGACGUUGUGUGUUACUUUUAUUUUGGUCAACCUGACAAUUACCAAAUUAUUCCCUGUUAUUCAAAGUGCUAUUGGGUUGUGUGAUGUCAACGGGCGUGUCAGACCAGCGGAUGAGAGGCCAAGGAAGUCAACAAGCAAACGGUCCAAACAAGGAUCAACUUAAUGACCAUGAAGACUUUUCAUCUUGGAGGAACCAAUCAAUUCAGACUUCAUACGUUUCACCUGCUGUAGCGACAACUGACCAUUAUCUAUCAAGCUAUUAUGGCCCUUCGUUCUCUUACCCAUUGGAACAUGGCGCGUGGUCGAGCAAUUCUGCCACGGGAACAGCUGACUUGCCUUUUUUGGGUGGUUAUGGAGUUCCCUCUCAACAUCAGGCACAGCACCUUCACCAGCAAGAUCUUUACGGAAUCGACGGCAUGUUUGGUCCCAGUGGAAGUUUCAGCAAUUUUGGUGGCCAACCCUCAUUCGGGGGUGGAUACGGUGUUGGCACGGAAUAUUCGACGUGGGAUCGUAAAGGGGCUAACUACGACGACUAUUAUCAGGCGGGAAGAACUGCUGCCGAUCACCAAACGAUCUACCCAUCGUCGGCCACCUCUACUAGCCGACCGGAAGAAUCCUCGUCAUCUGUGGGCGUGAAGCAAGUAGAACAAGUUAUGCAAGGACUAUCCCUGGAGACGACCAAACCUGUCACACAGGAACCACAGCAGCAGCAACAGUCACAACAACCGAAGAAACUGACUUGGGCAUCUAUCGCCAGUCAGCCAGCCAAACCACAAUUGACGACAAAAAAGAAGUCGAUGGUUCCACCACCGAUGGUAACUCCGCGAACUCCAAGUUUGGACAUUGGCACUUGGGAAAACAAAAAUGGGGCUGGAGUUCAUCCGUCUAGUAUACCAACUCCUCAGCAUCAUGUCCCUUCUGCUAUUCAGCCAACAACAGUCUCAAUUGUUCAGCAACCAGCUCCAUCACCAUCACCAUCGAAACCGAUAGGGCAAUCGCACCCUCCACCACAGCAAUCGCAGCAGCAACAACAACAGCAGCAGCAGGAACAGCAGCAGGAGCAACAGCAGGAGCAACAACAACAGCAACAGCAACAGCAGCAGCAACAACAACAGCAGCAACAACAACAGCAGCAGCAACAGCAACAACAACAACAACAAUAUCAGCAGCAUAUGCCACAACAGAACCAACGUCAUCAACAGCAACAAGCUCAUGCUAGCCAAAAUCACCAACAACAGAUAAAUCAACAAUCGCAAGUGCAACCGCAGCCACGCCCAACACGGCCUACUCCGCCUCCAGCUCUGAAUCAAGCAGUUCAACAACAACCAACAGUGGUAACUCCACCAAAACCGGUUACAGUGUCGGUUGUAGUGCCACCGACUCCGCCAGUGACGGCCCUAGCCAACCCCAUACUGGAAGAAUUACAAUUAAAGCACAUUUACAACCCCAAAGAAUUUGAUUUGUCGGCUAAGAAUGCACGUUUCUUUGUCAUCAAAUCAUACUCGGAAGAUGACAUCCAUCGGUCCAUCAAGUAUGAGAUUUGGUGCUCAACCGAGCACGGCAACAAGCGACUGGACGCUGCUUUCCGCGAAAGGGAUGGAAAGGGUCCGGUCUAUUUGUACUUUUCAGUUAACGGAUCCGGGCAUUUCUGUGGGAUGGCUGAAAUGACAUCAGCAGUAGACAUGUCGUCAACACUGUCAGUUUGGUCGCAAGACAAGUGGCGUGGUCAAUUCACCGUCAAAUGGAUCUACGUCAAAGACGUGCCUAAUGCUGCAUUGCGUCACAUUCGGCUGGAAAACAACGAAAACAAGCCCGUUACCAAUUCGCGCGACACCCAAGAGGUGCCAGUCGAAAAGGGUCGUCAAGUGUUGAAAAUCCUCCAUUCGUAUCGCCAUUCAACGUCCAUAUUUGACGACUUUAGCCAUUAUGAGAAGCGUCAAGCGGAAGAAGACCAGCGAAAGGUCAUGGCACCCAACCCAUCGUCUGGCGGUCAUAGCAGCGGCAAUGACUAUGAAAGCGACAGGGCUCCUCCGCAACGCGAAAGAGAUCCUUAUAAUCGGCCCCAAUCGGAUCGUAGGGAACGCGAUGGGUUCGAUCGUGUCGUGGAUGCGCGAGAUUUCCGCGGCAGGAUUGACAGAUCAGGAUUUGAUUAUCGGGAUCGGGACGGUUAUAGUGUGCGCGAUAGAGACAAUCGCGGUAGUAACCGAGACGGCCCGGGGGGCUACCGUCCAUCUGAUCGCGACAGCCAAGGUUACCGUAGUGGUGAUCGCGGAACGGAUCGUGGAAGUGAUCGUAGAAUGGAACGUGGUGGAGAUCGUGGAAUGGAUCGUGGUGGAGAUCGUGGAAUGGAUCGUGGAAUGGAUCGUGGUGGAGAUCGUGGAAUGGAUCGUGGUGGAGAUCGUGGAAUGGAUCGUGGUGGAGAUCGUGGUGGAGAUCGUGGAAUGGAUCGUGGAAUGGAUCGUGGAAUGGAUCGCGGCGGAGAUCGUGGAAUUGACCGUGGUACAGAUCGGGGGAUGGAUCGCGGCGGAGAUCGAGGAGUGGAUCGUGGAGUGGAUCGCGGUGGAGAUCGUGGAGUGGAUCGCGGCGGAGAUCGUGGCAUGGAUCGUGGCAUGGAUCGUGGCAUGGAUCGUGGCAUGGAUCGUGGCGGAGAUCGUGGCGGAGAUCGUGGCGGAGAUCGUGGCGGAGAUCGUGGUGGAGAUCGUGGCAUGGACCGUGGUGGAAUUGCUGAAAGAGGUGGAAACAUGCGAGAGGGUAUUUCGCGUGCACGCCGUUAAAACGUUGUUCGGGUUAUUAUCCGUGAUUUCCGUAACACGCAAACAAACAAAACAAAUAAACAACAAAAUAAGAAAAUAGGAGGGAGGGGGGUACUAUAAAGAACUUUCUGUGGAAUUUUUUUUUUUGUUUUGUUUUCCUUAAUUUGGGAAUGGGUGUGCGUAUGUGUGUGAGCGUUUAGCUAAUUGUUUGUCGUUGUCCUUCAACACACAUAAAUGGAACACUUUGGACAUGGGAAAAACGAUCAAUUCGACUUUUACAGAACAGUGCGGUGGCUUAGAAAAGUGAGUGAACGUGAAAGUGCUGAUCAAGAACAACUGGAGUGAAUCAAAUCGAGAAGUGUUAUUUCAAAAUGAUGGAAAAUCCAGCAAAAAUCGUGUCUGCAACUUCAGGAAGACCACAUCGUCCCGUUCCGUUACACCAGAAAGAACAACAGAAUCCGCUGCUUAACCCGUUUUUUUAGUUAUUCAACUUUUUUUUCCUUGUGUCAGAAACAUACGAGAUGGACGCUACGACGUCCCUCUGAAGAAAUCGUCAUUUUCUUAUUCUCGACAGACACCUGAGCUGUUACGUGGCUGUCAUGUUCUUCUCUUUACAUGUGUUUGGAUUCAUAACCUGAUGGUUGCUGCUUCAAAAGGCAUUAUUACAUACACGACUGAAAUAUUCA